CUCUCUUUCACUCGGUCCCUCUCACUUACUCCCACUCUCUCUCUCUCUAAAAUAAAAUUAAAAAACAAACAAAAAAAAGAAUAUCUUCAGACUUUCCCAAAUGUUUGCUGGGGGAGCAAAACUGUCCCUCUCUGUUGAGAACCACUCUCCUAGAGGCCUAGGUUCCUGGGGGAAACGGUGGGGCUGGGGACUAAUGGAAAAGGGAGUUGUUAGUCACUCUGGGUCCAGAUGGAGCUACAGGGGAAGGCCUGCUGCUGCCUUAGUUCCUCCAUCUUUCAGGGUGCAUUGCCAGGGAGGCAGGCCACCCAGUUCUGAGUAAUCAGUCUUUGGCCUGACUCCAUGGAGCCUCAUUAAUUUCCCAUUAAUUACAUUAAUGAGAAGUUGGCCUGUUCUCUUCUCACUCAUUCCAGCCCUGCCUAGGGCUUAGGGACAAGUCACACCAAGUAAUGAGAACAAUUCAUAUGUUCUCCCAAAGUGUCUCUCUGGUCCUCCCAUGAACCCCACUGCCCUGAGCCCCUGGCUUCUUGACCUUUAGAUCUUGACCCCCUCCACUCCUUCUGCCUGCUCCACUUCCCCCAGAAAGGCAGCAGACGGUCCAGACACCCACUCUGUAUAGCCGAGUAGUAAGUGCUUACUGAUUGUCUACUGUGUGCCAGACACUAUCUCAGGUGACGGGGAAAGCAGCAGUGGUCAAGACAAAGACCUUGCCUGCAGGGUGCUUACUUUCCAUGAGAGGAGACACACUGUGAACAAAUCAAGUGAGCCAUAAAGAGGUGGUGAUUUGGACACCUGGACGCAUGACUUUCUCCUUGGCCCCAGUAGUCUGUCCCCCACAACUCCAGCCCCAGGUACUGCCACUUGGAAGUCCAGUGAAUGAAUUUUGACAGUCUUCUGAACUAACGCUUGCUCUAGGCAAGGAAUCAGGAGGAGGGAAAGAGGAAGACUCCAGGAGAUUCUAGAAGUGAGAUGUCUGUAUCUCUAUAUAGGGGUGAUAGGGGCUUGGAGGCAAAGUGAUGGCUGCUGGGCUGAUGUGGGAGAGGAGGGAAGGGGUGGGCUGAAGGCAGAGCCCCUGUACACCAAGCAUCUCUACCAAAGAACUCAGCCUCCGUUCCCAUCUGCGUCCCUGGUGAGGUGUGUGAUGUUGGGUCCUGGGCUUCUGUAUCAGUCUUGUAGCUUGUCUCUGUCACUGUCCCCACUGUAUCCACAUCUUGUGUCAACUCUGGACAUCUGGAAGCACCUGUCUCUGCAGUAGUGGACCAUGUGAGGUCUUUCCGCUUCUUUGCUCUUUCACCUGAUACUCAUGGAUGACUCCACCCAUGGCAAAAAGAGUGACCAUGUGUGAAUAAGGGGUGUGGAAAACAGGGCUGACGCGAGAGAAGUGGAAGGGCAAAUGUGAAGCUGGAGAACCAGAAUGUGAAUCUCCUCCCAGAACCUGAGCACCCAAUCACCCCCCCCCCAUCUGCCUCACCCAUCAGAGCCCAGUCCUUUUAGAACCCAGCAAUAUGCUCCCUAUCUCCUCAGAGCCCUGGAGGCUGCCCCCACCCAGUCCCCUCUCCCUCUGCUGGGGCUGGGUCAGGAGUCUGCCUACUCUGUGUUCCUUUUCCCAGAUCCCACCCAUUCAGCAGGUGCCCAGGUGCUUGGCUCUGUGACACAGCAGUUGCGGUCUCCUCUUAUCAGGGCACCCUUGUGGGGUGGGGCGGUUCCAUUUGCUUAAGGUUGAGACCUGGGGGGCCCCAGCCCUCAUGACGUCAAACAUGGAUCCAUUUAAGCUGAGAGGACCCCCGCCCAUGGUCCCAAGCAGCUGUCCAACUCCAACAUGGCCCAGCCAGCCCACUGCAUCCGCUCCUCCUUUGGCCUCCACUGCUGCCUCAUCUUCCUUUUAGCUUCUCAGGAGGCAGGUGCUAUCACAUUUCAAGAACUUCAGAAAAUUGGUGAUUCCCCAGCAUCUGAUAAUUUGUUCCCUCCUACUUCAGGCUUUGUUUAUAGUGCACUCCCUGAUCAUACUGCUCUUCAGUCAAGCCAUAGCCCUCUAGACCUCACUAAAUCUACAGAAACCCAUAAUCUAAAACGCAAUUGCAACACUACACACCAUCUGAAGCCGAUUUACAAACACAUAGGUAAUUCCCAAAACUCUACAAGUCAUCAUGAAGUUCUUCCUACUUCUGAAAAAACCCCGAGCAAUCAAGGAAAAGACCCAAAUGUUCGGAAUGGACGGUCUAUUGAUCCUACUGACUCUACUAACACACAUAAAGGAUCGUCUGGUGUAAAAUAUCCAACGUCAGCACCCAAGAUCAAAACAACUUGCCUUAAGUUCAAAUCAGUUACAGGAACAGAUAAAAGUGUAACAUCUUUGAGAAACAUUACUUCAGAGAGUAAAAGCGCUACUUCACAGAAGACCAUAAAUCCUGUCCACAACUCAGGAAAUUCGGAGAGCAAAAAAAUACCUAUGUAUUCCUCAGGCAAAAGCACAACAGCCCCAUCAGAUGAGGUUACAAGAACCCCACGAAGGUCAGAAAGAGCUGGAGAUCAUACAAUAGCUGCUAAUCUCAGAACUACAGUUGCCUCAGGCACAAUGAUGAUGAAGACUACAGGACGUAUAAACAGGACAUCAGCCAUUGAAAAGACCACACAAAUACCAGCAACACUUAGAGAACAUAGACACAGCACCAUAUCAGCUCAUAUAAAUAUCACAAAAUCACUAGAAAACUCACUAGAACAUGGAAAAGUAGCCACAUUGCCUUAUGAGAAGACUCCGGGAGUCCCAACAGAAUCUACAAAAUAUGGAGAAGAGACUACAUCAACCAAUAAGAAAACCACACUAACCCCCCAAAAGUCCAAGAAACAUGGACAGAACACCACUCCGGACAGCAGAAGGACCACAAGGGCCCCAGAAGGGCCCACUGACUAUGGUGAGAAGACAACCCUCGCCAAUGGGAAGACCAUGAGAGCCCCAGCAGGGCCCAAGGACCAUGAGAAGACCACCCCAGCCAACAGGGAGGUCACAAGACCCGUGGAAGGGCCUAAGAAUCAUGAGAAGAAGACCACUACAGUCAACGGGAAGACCACAAAUGCCCCAGAAAGCCCCAAGGGUCAUGGGGAGAAGACUACAUCAGCCAACGGGAUGAUCACAAGAACCCUAGAAGGGCCCAAGGACUAUGGGGAGAAGACCACCCCAGCCAAUGGGAAGACCAUGAGAGCCCCAUCAGGGUUCAAGGACCAUGAGAAGAUCACCCCAGCCAACAAGGAAAUCACAAGAUCCCUGGAAGGGCCUAAGGAUCAUGAGAAGAAGACCACUACAGUCAACAGGAAGAUCACAAGUGCCCCAGAAGGCCCCAAGGGACAUGAUGAGAAGACUACAUCAGCCAAUGGGGUGACCACAAGUGUCCCAGAAGGGCCCAAGGAACAUGAGGAAAAGACCACAAGAACUCCAGAAGGGCCCAAGGACCACAGGGAGAAGACCACCACAGUCAGGAAGAUCACAAGUGCCCCAGAAAGGUCCAAGAACCAUGAGGAAAGGACUACAUCUGCCAAUGGGAUGAUCACGAGAGCCCCAGAAGGCCCCAAGGAAUAUGGGAAGAAAACCACAAGAACCCUAGAAGGGCCCAAGGGCUCUGGUGAGAAGACAACGCCAGCUAAUGGGAAGACCACGGGAGCCCCAGAAGGGCCUGAGAACCAUGGGGGAAAGACCACUAGAGCCCUAGAAAGGACCAAGGACCACAGGGAGAAAAACACCCUGACCAAUGGGAAGACGACAAGAGCCCCAGAAGGGCCCACGGACCAUAGGGGGAAGACCACUAGAGCCCUAGAAGGGAUCAAAGACUAUGGUGAGAAGACAACCCUAGCCAAUGGGAAGACGAUGAGUGCCCCAGAAGGGCCCAAGGACCAUGGGAAGACCACCCCAGCCAACAGGGAGACCACAAGAGCCCUGGAAGGUCCCAAACAUCAUGGGGAGAAGACCACCACAGUCAACAGGAAGACCACUAGAGCCCUAGGGGGGCCCAACGACCAUCAGGAGAAGACCACCCUGGCCAAUGGUAAGACCACAAGAGUCCCAGCAGGGUCCAAGGAUGAUGGGGGUAAGACCACCAGAGCCCUACAAGGGUCCAAGGACCAUGGGGAGAAGACCACCAGAGCCCUAAAAGGGCCCAAGGACCAGAGGGAGAAGACCACCCCAGCCAACAGGAAGACCACAAGAGCUCCAGAAGGGCCCAGGAACCACGGGGAGAAGACUACACUGGCCAAUGGGAUAACCACGAGAGCCCCAGAAGUUCCUACAGACCAUGGGGAGAAAACCACCCCAACCAACAGGGAGACCACAAGAGCCCCAGAAGGGCCCAAGGACAAUGGAGAGAAAACAACACUGGCCAAUAGGAUGACCACGAGAGCCCCAGAAGGCCCCAAGGACCAUGAGGGGAAGACCACUAGAGCCCUAGAAGAGCCCAAGAACCAUGGGGAGAAGAACACAACGGUCAAUGGAAAGACCACAAGAGCCCGAGAAAUUCCCACAGACCAUGGGGAGAAGAUCAUCUCGGCCAACAGCAAUACCACAAGAGCCCCAGAGAGGCCCAAAGAACAUGGAGAAAAUGCCACUCCAGCCAAUAAGAAGACAACAAGAACUCAAGCCAAAUCUAUAAAACAUGGACUAAAGGCCACAUUGGCCACUGAGACCACAAAACCCCCAAGAAAACCUAAAGAAAGUGUAGGAAAAAACACAGCUUCCACAGAGACUAUAAGACCUCCAUUUAAUGUCACAGGAGACAAAUCUGUCACUAAUACCUCUCCUGGUUCAAAUAAAACUGAUGUUACCCACGGAGUACCCAUUGGUUCUUUUACACUCACCACAUCUCACAUAGAGCUGAGUUCCAUCAUGUCAGAAGCCCCAGGCAACCAAAACCAUCCAUAUCAGAACAAAGAUGGCUCACAGGGAGGUCUUCGUGCUGGAGGAAUGAGGGAGAAUGAUUCAUUCCCUGCAUGGGCCAUAGUUAUUGUGGUCCUGGUGGCUGUGAUUCUCUUCCUGGUGUUCCUUGGCCUUAUCUUCUUGAUUGCCUGUACGAUGAAAACACGCCGUGCACUGGUCCAAAACACAGAGGACAAUGACCCAGAGGAUGAUGGGGGCCCUAAUUCCUACCCAGUCUACCUGAUGGAGCAGCAGACUCUUGGCAAGGGCCAGAUCCCUUCCCCACGGUGAUCCUUCAGAAAGGUCCCAGCUCUUCCAUGCCCUUCCUAAGAUGAGGAAUUAGACUCACCAUUCCUAUUUCCUGGACACCAGGAAGGGCAGAGUACUGGCAGUUAACAGCAUUAACUCUUCAUCAGCUGUGUUCUUAUUGAAACUGGUCAAGGGAUGAGGUGAUAAGCAAGAAGGAGAAGCAAGAAGGGAGAUAAAGAAGAAAGAAUGAAUAAUGCAAGUGUUCUCUGCAGAAGAUGGUGGUCUUGGAAUGAAAACAUGUUUGAUGGACACAUGAGGUAGACACCAACAUAGGACACUGAGUCUUGGGAGGAGCAGCAUGACUAAAGGAAGUUUGGGAGCCUUAGAAGGCAAUGCCUCAUAUCUGACUGUGAGUUGGAGAUUGAGGACAGAGUUCCUGGGUGUCAGGACCAAUCUAUAAUAUUUCCAUGUACUAUUACUUAGAUUUUGUGUAUAAGCAGGCUCGUCUUUGACUUCCCAGAACACUUGCCUACCUCCUUUUUAAAAUGAAAAAAGUAGAAUCUGAGAAGAAAAGAGAACUUAUUUCCUUCACCCUCUCUAUACCAAGGAGAAAGGAAAAUUCCAGAAAAGAUCAUAAAUGUCUCUCAUCCAGAUGGUUCUUCCCUCUUCCUUCUGAAUUCUUUAGUUUUUUCUAAAUGUCUACAGUAGACAUCCUGCUGGUCUGGCUUUCUGGGUUGUGGGUGGCACAGAGGGAGGGAUUUUUGUGUGGUCUGCAGUCUUAUCCAUUUAUCCCCAUUCCAGACUGUCCCUGAUGGUGUUCCCCACUCAUUAUUUAUUUUCCUGUCAGUUCUACCAAAAGCCAGUCCAGGCUUUUUCCUAGAAGAGUCACUUGCCUUCUCCACUGCCCCCAUUCUCUCUCUACUCACACUUUCACCCCAGAUUUUUAUAUUCCCCCUUGUAGGCAUAUCAUCUGGAUUUUCUCUCCAACUUAUUAAAGCCCUUUCACCUAUUA